AGUCAGAACGGAUGCAUGUUUAAGACUCCAUCCCUGCCUCUGCUACGUGGUAGUAAUGGACAGAAUCUGUUUACUAAAGACGUGACAGUGAUCGAGGGAGAAGUCGCAACCAUCAGCUGCCAAGUCAAUAAGAGUGACGACUCCGUGAUUCAACUACUGAAUCCCAACAGGCAGACCAUUUACUUCAAGGACUUCAGGCCUUUGAAGGACAGCAGGUUUCAGCUGCUGAAUUUUUCUAGCAGUGAACUCAAAGUGUCACUGACAAACGUCUCAAUUUCGGAUGAAGGGAGAUACUUCUGCCAACUCUACACUGACCCCCCACAGGAGAGUUACACCACCAUCACAGUCCUGGUCCCUCCACGUAACUUGAUGAUCGAUAUCCAGAAAGACACAGCAGUUGAAGGGGAAGAGAUUGAAGUCAACUGCACUGCCAUGGCCAGCAAGCCGGCCACCACCAUCAGAUGGUUCAAAGGGAACAAGGAACUCAAAGGCAAAUCGGAGGUGGAAGAGUGGUCGGACAUGUACACUGUGACCAGUCAACUGAUGCUGAAGGUGCACAAGGAAGAUGAUGGGGUCCCAGUGAUCUGUCAGGUGGAGCACCCUGCAGUCACUGGAAACCUGCAGACCCAGCGGUAUCUAGAAGUGCAGUAUAAGCCGCAAGUGCAUAUCCAGAUGACUUACCCUCUACAAGGCCUAACCCGGGAAGGAGAUGCGCUUGAGUUAACAUGUGAAGCCAUCGGGAAGCCCCAGUAAGUUCUGAAGGCCAAGCAUCUCAGUGUCUCCAUGUCUUUGUUUGUCAUUACUGGUCAUUGUUGUGUUCAGCAUUGUGGGUUUGAUUUUCCUUUUUUUUUUUAUCCAGAUCCCCCCACAACUAUCCCUCCUCCCACAACAACCACCACCACUACCACCACCACCACCACCACCACCACCAUCCUUACCAUCAUCACAGACACCACGGCGACGACAGAACCAGCAGUUCACGAUUCCCGAGCAGGUGAAGAGGGCACCAUUGGGGCAGUGGACCAUGCAGUGAUUGGCGGCGUCGUAGCUGUGGUCGUGUUUGCCAUGCUUUGCUUGCUCAUCAUUCUGGGCCGCUAUUUUGCCAGACAUAAAGGUACAUACUUCACUCAUGAAGCCAAAGGAGCCGAUGACGCAGCAGACGCAGACACAGCUAUAAUCAAUGCAGAAGGAGGACAGAACAACUCCGAAGAAAAGAAAGAGUACUUCAUCUAGAUCAGCCUUUUUGUUCCAAUGAGGUGUCCAACUGGCCCUGUUUAGAUGAUAAAAGAGACAGUGAUACUGGAACUUGCGAGACGCUCGUGUGUUUUUUAUGAGUGGGUGGGAAGAUGAGAGGCUGGGAAGGCUUGGGAUUUGCUAUGUAAAAACAAAAAGAAAAAAAUGUUCUUUGAAAAGUACGCUCUGCUGUUUGACACCUCUUUUUAUCUGGUUUUAAUUUGAUUUGGGUUUUGGUUUUUGGUUUUUGUUUUUUUUUUUUAAUUUUUAUUUCUACCAAGUCAAACUUGGGUUUCGGUAGAUUGCAGAAAAUUCUGUGCCUUGUUUUUCAUUUGUUUGUUGUGUUUCUUUCCCCUUUUCCUUUUUAUGCAUUUAUUUUUCCCAAAAUCAUUUUUUCCCCUUCCCAAACCUCCUAAGUUUUUUUGGAAUUGAUCUGCUGGGAUUCCUAAGACUUUUCCCCAUUGUUGCCGUUUUUUCCUGCUUUCUUUUGUUUUUUUGUGUUGACGGUGACUACUUUCUGUUCCAAAUUCAGUUGCAUAAAAGGAAAACCAGCACAGUUUAGAUUUCAUAGUUCAGAAUUUAGUGUCUCCAUGAUGCAUUCUUCUCUGUUGUCGUAAAGAUUUGGGUGAAAAAAAAAAAAAAGAAAAAACAAUGAAAACUCUUUGCUGCUGCCCAUGUUUCAAUACUUAGAGCAGCGAAGACUAGAAAAGUAGACUGUGACUCUGAAACUGUUGUUUGCUGUGGAUCUUCAUUACUGUACAGGGUUAUCUGCAAGUGAGGUGUGUCGCAAUGAGAUUGAAUCUGUCUUUAAUUCUGUAUCUGUAGGCGGCUCAGUAUAGAUUACCCCACGCUGUGCAGAAAGGUUUGGGGUGGAAAGUCUCCUCCUUCCUCGUUGCCCUAAACAGACCCAACAGGUGAGGUCUGUCCAUUUUAUGUCAGUGGACGAAUUUGAGUUGCCACAGGAGAGGAAGCAGGGAGGGGCUAAGCAGUCCUGCUCUGGUUGUUUCUACUCCAAACAACUCCAUCCACCUUUCCCAAUUGGCCUUACUGCUCACUAGUGUGCAGGAGAGAGAGCAAGUCCGUGCGUUGUGUGAAUGAAGGGGACAGGUUUUUGUUUGGGGGUUUGUUUUUGUUUUUGUUUUUGUUUUUGUUUUGUGCUUACUUAGGAGGGCAGUAGGAUGUGGCCUGCAUGUACUGUAUAUUACAGACACUGUCCUGCUGGGACUCCUGUCCUGCUGGGAUUUCCAACUCCAAUCCUAAGCAGCUCUCAUUCCUUCAGAUUUGGCUUGACAAAGGCAGGAGGUACAAAAGAAAGGCCUGUAUUGUUCUCGAAAGGUCAGAGCCGAGGUGCAAACACAGCAUGGAGAGAUUUUCAGUUACUUAAUCAAAACUCAGAUGUGUUUUUAUCUUUCUACCUUUCAUACACUAGCCUUGGCCUCUUUCCUCAGCCUUAAGAACCAUCUGCCAAAAAUUCCUCAUCUCGCAUGAUGGCAGCCAUAGCGCAUAGCUACUAAAAUAAGUUACCUUGAACAUAUCUUAGACUGGAGCCUGGGGGAAGAUAGAGGAGUCAAGUUACCAUUUGCAUUCUUUAAAGCUAAGUGGGGGUUUGUCACUAAAGUGUUGAGGAAAUCCAGAAGGACUAAAACCUAAGCUCUUACCCUAUGUGUUGGUAGGCUCCAGACUCCAAAAAACAGUCCCUAUGGAAAGGUGGCAUCAGAAAAUAUAGAUCUAUCUAUAUAUAUAAAUAUAUAAAUAUAUAUUAUAUAACAUUUUCAGUCAGUACUUUUGGAUUUUGCAAGGUGCAUUUUUACUAUUGUUACAUUAUGUGGAAAACUUACGCUGAUUUAUUUAAGGGGAAAAAGUGUCGACUCUGUUAUUUGAAAGCGUAUUUCUUUUUCUUGUCUUUAUUUUCACUUCUGAUAGAACCAUUGCAAUAUGGGGGCCUUUUGGGAACGGACUGGUAUGUAAAGGAAAAUUCAUUAUCGAGCAGUGUUUUGUUGACCCCUCUCCUGUCCCUAGGCACUUAACCAAGACAAAAAGCCACAAGGAACAUCCCUUUUUCAAGAAUUUUAUAAUGUGCAUCUAUUCCGAGCCCUUAGCACCCAUCCUGAACAUAGUGUGACCAUAUCAAAGGGUGAGAACCAGUUAGCAUGUCGUUGAAAGGAUUUUUCAGCUGUUCUUUUUAGAAAAAAAAAUACAAAAAAUACAAAAAAACAAAAAACAAACAAACAAAAAAAAAACUACCAUUGUUCACAGAAUUGGCAUCUCAUUUUCGGGACCGCCCAUCUUUCUGUUUUGACAAGUGUACAGUAGUGCAGUGUUCUGAUGUAACUUUAUGGCUUACAAUGUUGACAUGUCUCAGGUUCCUGUGUUUUGAUUGGUGUUUUUCCGUCUCAGGUAGAUUGCAAAGUGUAGGCCCCACACAUUGGAAAAAAAUAAUAAUUAUAAUGAUAAUAAGACAAAGCAAAAACAGGAAAUUACGGAUUUUAGUUGUAUAUUGGUUUAUGUAUUUUUCUUAAGUAUACAGUGCACUGUUUGAAAUGUAUUGUUGAGUAUUACUUUGUACAGGUUGAUCACUUUUAGAGUGAAGAAAGAACAAACUUGUUUUUUUUGUGUUUUUUUAAAGGAAUAUAAAAUAAUGAAGGAUGUAUAAUUGAUGCCAAAUAAGCUUGUUCUUUAGUCACAACAACGUCUUGUUUUUCCCUCUAGGCCAGUUCUGUUUCUAAGGUGUACAAGGACCAUGUUACAGUGUAAGAAACUCCACAUCCGUGUGUUCCCAUUCGCAUUUUGUAUCGGUUCAUGUAUACCAUUUUUACAAAAAGAAAAAAGAAAAAAAAAGAAGUACUAUAAAAUAUCUGUCUUCUUAAUAAAAAAAAUUAAUGUUA